AUGGAGCAGCCAGUGACUGUCCAAGCAGAAGAAAGUUCUGUCUCACAACCACUCUCAAAGAAAGCCCAAAAGAGAGCUGCAAAAGCAGCCCGCCUACAAGAACAAAAGGUCGAGCGUCGUGCGCGCGAGAAGGAGGCGAAGAAACGCAAGCGACGAGAGCGCGCGCAAGCAGGCGAUGCGGAGCCACGGAAGCGUCGUAAAAUGGGUGGCCUAGAUCAAAACCCUUUUGCUGCGCAAGUGGUAAUUGACCUAGGUUUCGAUGAUAUGAUGACGGACAAGGAAGUGACCUCUUUGACUUCCCAACUUGCAUAUACAUACAGUGCGAAUCGACGAUCGCAUACGCCGUUUACAUCACUAUUAUUUACAUCCCUCAAUGGGCGCACAAAAACGCGGCUAGAUGCUAUAAACGAUGCUGGAUACAAGCGAUGGACGAACACAAAAUGGUGGGAGGAAGGUUUUGAUCGAAUAUGGACAUCCAUAUCCGAUUCCCGCGACGGAGAUGAAGGCUUGGAUGCGCGUCACAGGAGUGUGGUUUACUUGACCGCCGACUCCGAGGAAGAGCUCAUUGAACUGAAGGAGGGAGAAAUAUACGUUAUCGGAGGUAUUUGCGACCACAACCGAUACAAGAACCUCUGCCUUAACAAAGCCGAAACGUCAUCCAUCCGACAUGCGCGUCUUCCCAUUGGGCGAUAUAUGGCAUCGUUAACGACGAGGAAGGUGCUCACGGUCAACCAGGUCUUUGAAAUUUUACUGAAGUGGGUUGAGACGCGGGACUGGGAACAAGCAUUCUGGAGCGUUAUUCCAAAGAGGAAGUUCCAAGGGAAAAUUACUGGCUCAGAUGCAACCCCUGAGGAGGAGCAUGUCGAAGAGGAUGAUGGCCAGGAGGACCAGGAGGAUGCCGAUGCAGCUCAGGAUGUGGCUUCGAGUGAGGAUGGUGAAGAAAAUGACCAGGAUGACGGGAUGUCCAGCUCUCAACCCCAACUAGUGCCAACCACGGCAUGA